UUCCGGGCAUCGUACGGGCCCGGUGUCAUUGAGAUGGCAUGCGAUCGCAAUAAGUAAGUAGGCACCACACCGGCUGCGUGCCCCAACACUGAUCCUUUUCUCGCGAUCGAAUAUCCGUAUGCGUACAAUGUAUUAUUCAUUCUUAACAACGUUAACUUAUCUCCUCUGCGCCGCCGCGCAGUCCACAUUCACCCCCGUGCGUCCCCCUUCCAUCCCCCUCGCUGUCAAGUCCCCGUACCUAAGCGCCUGGCUCCCGGCGGGCAUCAAUGGUGGCAACGGUGGCUAUCUUGCGGGUCAGUGGCCGCAGUUCUACGCGGGCCAGACGCUCGGGUGGACGGGCCUGGUGCGCGUCGACGGCGCGACAUAUACGUGGAUGGGGAUGCCGAAAUUGGAACUGCCGGUAGCGAAGCAGACGGGGUGUGAGUAUACGGCCAGCAAGAGCGUGUUUACGCUCGAAAUCGGGGAAAAGGUGGCGCUGAACGUUACUUUUCUGUCGCCGCUUACCCCGCGGGAUCUCAAGCGGCAGUCUUUAGUGUUCUCGUAUAUGGAUGUUGAGGUCUGGUCUUUGGACGGCGGAUUGCACGAAGUACAGAUCUAUACUGACAUCAGUGCCGAGUGGAUCUCUGGCGAUGUUGGUGCGGUGGCCACUUGGGAUUUUGGCCUGAAGGAAGAUGUGGUAUACCACAGAUUGUCGAGGCAAGAGCAACAGCCAUUCGUGGAGAACAAGGACCAAGCAGAAUGGGGAAAUUUUUACUACGCGACUGAUGCGCGUAAUGGUCUGACAUACCAAUCUGGUACGGAUGAUGAUGUCCGGGGUGGCUUUGUGGCGUCUGGCCAGUUGGCGAGCUCGAAUGAUACCAAUUUUCGUGCUAUCAACAGCAGCUGGCCGGUCUUUGGAUACGCCGUCGAUAUCAAAACCGUGGGCAAUUCCCCAGUCUCAACUCUGUUCUCGCUAGGAUUAUGUCAAAAUGAGGCAGUACAGUUCCUGGGAGCGGACGGACUGGUCAAUCUCCCAUCACUGUGGAGGAAUUAUUUCGCGGAUGAUCUUGAAGCCCUCGUGUUCUUUCAGAAGGACUAUUCCGAGUACAGGAAGAUUUCGUCCGACUUAGACGCACAAGUUUUGGAAGAUUCGAUCACGGCUGCUGGGAAAGACUAUGCAGUUCUGACCACUCUGGCCGCCCGACAGGCAUUUGGGGCGACUCAGCUUGUCGGCACUGGUGAGAAGCACUACCUUUUCCUAAAGGAGAUAUCUUCAAAUGGCAAUACUCAGACUGUGGAUGUGAUAUACCCUGCAUCGCCUAUCUUCUUCUACUUAAAUCCAGAUCUGAUCAGGCUACUGCUGGACCCGCACUUUGAGAAUCAAGAAAGUGGCCACUAUCCUAACAAAUGGGCUAUUCAUGACCUUGGAACACAUUAUCCGAACGCUACUGGCCACACAGACGGUUUUGAGGAAUUCAUGCCACUGGAAGAAAGUGGAAACAUGAUCAUCAUGGUCCUGGCCUACGUCCAGCAUUCCGGAAACAUCGACUACAUCAAGCAGCACUACCCGAUUCUCAAGCAGUGGGCAGAAUAUCUGGUCGAACACAGUCUCUACCCUGCCCACCAGCUCUCAACCGACGACUUCGCCGGCCACCUAGCCAACCAGACAAACCUCGCCCUCAAAGGCAUCAUCGCCAUCGAAGCAAUGUCGCACAUCUCUUCUCUCAUCGGCCAGCCCGCCGACUCACAGACUUUCUCCACAGUCGCACAUGACUACAUCGCAAAAUGGCAGACGCUAGGCAUCAACACCGAUACAUCCCCUCCUCAUACCAUUCUCAACUACGGUAACGCAUCCACCUGGGGCCUGCUGUACAAUCUCUUCAACGAUCGCCUUGUGGGCACGAACCUCGUGCCCCAGAGCGUCUACGAUAUGCAGUCCGCGUUCUACCCCACGGUGAAGGAGAACUUCGGCGUUCCGCUUGAUACGCGGAAUCGGUACUACGCAAAGUCUGACUGGGAGAUGUUCUGCGCAGCGGUGGCGAGCGAGGAAACGCGAGACAUGUUUAUCAAGGACUCAGCGCGGUGGGUCGGCGAGACGGAGUCGAGUAGGCCGUUCUCGGAUCUGUAUCAGACAAACGAUGGGUCGCAACCGCCGGAUAUUGAUUUCAAGGCGAGGCCGGUGGUCGGGGGGUUGUUUGCGCUGUUGUUGCUCGAGGGGGUAAGGAGUCCGGUGCAGAUUGGAUAACCAUCGUGUGGUCGUCACAUGUUUUCUUCGCCGUACUGUCGUGCCUUCAAGACGCCCGCUUCCCAGUCUAGAAUAAUCCAACCACCUCACGUUUCCACACAUUCACUUCCCCUGCUCCUCAACCACCUUCUCCGCCUCACUCUUCUUCCCCUUCCCCUUCUUCCCCUUCUUCCCAG